CGAAAUCAGUUGCAGGCAAACACACUGUUUCAAGCCUGCUCUCCCUCCAGCACUUGACAACCUUCCACCUACUACACAGAUCAUGACAGCAAAGACGGUUCUUAUCACCGGUAGCACACGCGGCAUCGGCCUCGAGUUUGCCAACCAUUUCACCAAAGCUGGAUGGAAAGUCAUUGGCGUUGCUCGCAAUGGCAGCACGGCGAAAGAGUUAAAAUCUCUGUCGCCGCUUAAAGUUAUAAGCUUCGACUGCACCGACGAGAAGUCGAUUGUUCAGGCAGCACAGGAACUCGAGGGGAUCCCCAUCGAUCUGCUUAUCAACAAUGCAGGCAUUUUCAUGGGUGGUGGACUGAAGACCACGACUAAGGAGAUGCUCAUGCGCCAGUUCGAGGUGAAUACGGUCGGUCCAUUCCUGGUGACGCGUGCGCUGCUGCCGAAUCUGAAGCUUGCGGCGAAGAAAAACGGCAGCGAUGGAGCGUUAGUGGUCACCGUGUCAUCUCAGAUGGGCAGCAUCACUGGCAACAAGGACGGAGGUAACUACAGCUACGGAGCGUCCAAGGCUGCGGUGAAUAUGGUGAAUUCCAGCUUGGCCAUUGACUUGAAGAAGGACAACAUUGCCGCGAUUGUCGUGCACCCGGGAUAUGUGGUGACCGACCUUACGGGAGGACUGGGCGAUGUCAAAACGGACGAGAGCGUGCGUGGCAUGACGAGAGUGAUCGACAAGGUAACUAUGGCCGAUACAGGAAAGUUUUUCCACUUUCAGGGCCACGAGAUGCCGUGGUGAAUGCUGGGUUUUGUAUGAGGGAUGAGGACUCUUCGAAAGAAGUAGUGUAUAGCUUUUAUCGAAAUAAUAGAGCCAAAUCUGCGGGACGUAUCCGCUUGAAUAAGAAGUAU